UCUGUAAAUACAACAGAAGCAGGGUUACUUGAAACGCUGACGAAGUUUAGCUCGUAUUUUAUAAUUUGACACAUGUCCAAAUUAAUGUAGCCUGAUAGGCCUGAUAAAGUAUUGGCGUAUUCGUGUGUGUAAUUUUAGGGAGAUAAAAUUUUAUGUCCCGCCCAGAGCGAAAAAACAAAUUAGAGUAUGCAGCAGCCUGGUGCCGGGCUACGGGUCCCAUCCCGAACUUGAAGGCGACACUCAGAGAUGUAACCAGAUUAAAUUAAAGGGAGACCUGCUGUAAGAAGAGAUCAACAUGUCCUCUGAAGAGGAAACUUCUCAGACUUCCUCCUCCUCCUCGUCCUCCUCCUCCUCACCUCCUUCUGCCUCACACUUCAUCGGGAAGAAGGAGGACAUUGUCAAGGCAGGACGCGUGACCAUGCUGGUGAAUGGAUGCAGAGACGUUCUGGUCUUAUACCACCAGGGGCAGUUCCAUGCAAUGGACAUGCGCUGCUACCAUUCAGGUGGUGCAUUACAGUAUGGAGAUAUUGAGGAGUUUAAUGGGCGGCUGUGCAUCGUGUGUCCGUGGCACAAGUACAAGAUCACGUUAGCUGAAGGGGAAGGGCUUUAUCAAGCUGUGGACAAUCCUACAGCCAAACCCCUGAGGACUCAUUGGCGCUCCAAGGGUGUCAAACAGAGGAUUCACAAGGUCACUGAGGUCAACGGGGAUGUAUAUGUAACACUGAACGACUCAAGCGAGACCAUUGGCUCAGACGUCUACCAGACUGAGAAAUACAGAACUGUUUCACUGAAGGCCCAGCCCAAGAAAUAGCUGGAUACUCAAGAGUUUGUUGAUUGUAUAACCCAAAAAGUACUUAAAUUUUUCAAGUACAAUCUGGGAAACUUUGUUUUAGUGGGAAACAUCAAACACUUCAAGAAGAGGAUGAGAAGGAUGUACAUUGUUUCACUGUGGUUUGUUGUAGCAAGAUCAGAAAACAGGGCGUUUUCCGCAGACAUCAAUGAAAUCAGUAAAUAUUUGGCAUAUAAAUGUCUGGCAUUUAUGACUUCGUUCAAGAACAUUUUGUUUUGCUACAGAAUAUUGGGGAUUAUAAUUAUUACAUCAUGUUAAAAUAUAUUGUUUAUUUUUGGUAGAAAUUACUGAUUAUUUUUAUACCACAAGUUUCUCCUGUUGAGCAAAUGUUUAUAUUAAAGUUUUUUGUUACUACUUAAGUCUCUUGAUGUAGUUCAAAUGA